AUGGCGGGCAACCACUCGGCGAAUCCCAUCGAGCUCUCCUCGGACGACGACGACGACGAGGUCCUGCAGACCGCAAAGCGUCAGAACACCGAUGGCGACGAGGCACUGGCGCGGCGAUUUCAGCAGGAGGAGGAGCAGCGCUUUGGUGCGUCCAGCCUCGCCGACGAUGAAGCUCUUGCUCGGCGCCUGCAGCAGGAGGAGCAGGAUCCGAGCGACGCGGCAUCGCUGGCGCUUGCGCAGCGGCUGCAGGCUUCGGAGAGGCUGCAGGCUUCCGAGAGCGGCCAAGCGGCGGGCCGCCACAGCGGCAGCCACUCAGCGGACCGCCAAAGCGGUGGCAGUGGCGCGGUCCGCUGCCGGUACGGCGCCUCGUGCAAGUUCCAGUACUGCCAGGGCCGCACGCUGGGCCGCUGCAAGUACCUGCACCGGUCGCGGGAGGAGGAGCGGCGGGAGGAGGAGGCCGAGGCCGCGCGUCGGAUGGCGAGCCGCUCGCCGCCGCCGCGGGCGGCUCAGCUCGACGAGCCGUCGACGAGCUCAGGCGAGCCGUGCCGCGCCUCGCCGCCAGAGAUCAGCUCCGAGCAGCUCGUCUGGUGGCAGCCAUUCGUCCGCCGCGCCCUCUUUGGCACGUUCGGUGUCGACUACGACUUUGUGCGCAGGCGAGACACCGCGGACACCUCAACGCUGCUGGCCGGCAGCCCGGCGACAGCCGAGCCGGGAGGCGUUGCCGUGUGCGUCAGUCCGGACGACCACACGCGCAACGCAGCGGGCGUCGACCACGCCACCCACGCGCCGUGGGCGGUCGUGUCGCCUCCGUUUUACGACGACGCGGCGUCGACGCGCGAGCGGAACCGCCUGAAGAAGGGGACGAUGCACCCGAAGCUGUGGAUCAACAACUGCUUCUGGGUGCAUGACUUCCCCCUCCUCCCCGCCGACGCGGGGCCAGCCAGCCCCUCCCGCUUUGGCACAGACCUGCUUCGCUUCGUGGAGGCGCCCCCUCCUCCGGCGCUCCUCCGCCCGUCGGAAGAGCAGACGCUCGCCUGGCGGACAAUCUUUGCGAAGUACGACCUCACCCCGCCCGCUGGCAUGCACAUCAUCAGCUCCGUCCCUGGCGCCUACCGCACCGAGGACCACGGAGCGGACGCGCUGCGCCGCUGGCUCAAGCACACUCUGCGACAGCGUGCGCCGGACCGGCGGCCAGCGCGGGUCGAGUACUGCUUCUCGUCGAUGGGCCGGCUCGAGAACAAGCUCGUCUGGCAGCCGCUGAAGCGGGCCCUCCUUGCCGGGGCGGCGGAGGGCGCGGAGGUGCGGCUGGUCUGGCCGGCGAUGGCGACGAUGCUGGCGACGAUGGCGUCGAGAGAGUCGCGCCGCCAGUGGUGGGCAGACGCGCAUGGCUUGGUGGGCCCGGGGGAGCAGUGGAUCGAAGCCAACUGGGAGCCUCGCGCGCACUUCAGCCACCACAUCAUGCCUUGGCGGCACCGCGCAAAGACCUAUCACCACGCCAAGGUGGCCGCCGGGCUGAGCGCGAGCGGCGAGCUGGUCUGGCUCUACCAAGGCAGCCACAACUGCUCUGGCGCCGCGUGGGGCAAGCGGCAGAUGGACGCGCACGGCACAUGGGAGUCGCUCUUCAUGUCGUACGAGCUCGGCGUCCUCUUCAUCCCGCCCUCGCCCCUCCCCGCCGCUGCCGCCCGCCGGAUCGUGCCUUGGUGCACGCCCGCCAAGUACUACGGCCCAGGCUCGGUCGCCAUGCUCCGCGAGUCGCGGACACGCACAUCCUAUCGUCACACUACCCGCCGCCCCAGGCACGGCGAGCUGCGGUGGCUUGUUCGGCUGCGUGUCGAGUCUGAGCGCGGCGUCUCUCUGCUGCCGCGCGUGCCCGUGCCUCCGCCAAGCCGGAAGGGCGACCUGUCGGGCUCCUUCCGAGGGGGGGAGUGGGAGCCGCUGCCUCAAGCGCCGGGCGGGUCCCUCCUGCUCGCCUCCGAGGCGGCCUCCUUCUCCCUCCGCGCCGCGCGUACAAGCGCGGACGCGGCGGUGCCGGUGCGCUUCUACCGCUGCGUCGGAGGGAGCGGGUUCGUCGCCGACCGCGUCGUCCUGCACAACAGCCCGGAUUGGGCGGAGCCAGUGCUGAGCGUCGCCAGCCCGUCGGGAGCGGGCGACGGCGCGGCGGGAGGGCCGCCGGCCGGCUUCCUGGUGGCGUUGCUGGCGGCGGACGAGGCGGCGAACGCGCCGCUGCUGCGGCUCCUGAGCGAGGCGCGCGCCGUCGUCGACGAGCGCUGCUGGGGCGUGAGCGCGCUGCAGCCGUCGGCCAUGUUUACCUCUUCGUGGCGCGCGGGGCUGUCGAGCGAGCCGGAGCCUCCUCAGCCGAGCCAUUCCGACCUCGUCGCGCUCGAGUACGGCGUCGAGGCGCUGCCGUGCCUCCUCCUCCUUGCGCCCGACGGGCAGAGGUGCCUCGCGAUGGCCUCUCCGCUCGAGGCCGCCGCCGCGGGCGGGGGCGGGGCGGUGCUCGCCCGCGGGGUGGAGGCGCUGCUCGCCCGGUCCGUGCCCGAGCUGCAGCUCCUCCGGAAGCAGAGGGCCGAGCAACAGGGGGUGCGCGAGCUGAUGGGCCACGUGCCUGCGCUCUACGCGGCGAGCGCGGCGCAGAUGCUCCGCCACGAGGGCAUCCGCCUCGUGGUGUGGCAGGUGGAGGGGUGCCUCAAGGCGGCCGUCAACGUGCAGCUGGCGGAGACGGCGGCCGCGGCGGGCGCAAAGCGGCACGACGCCUUUCAGGGCUACGGGUCGCGCGCGGCGAUCGCCUUUGUGAGCGACCAGGGCCACCGCUGCACCGACCCGACCGUCGGCGCGAGGGGCCGGCUCUCCGAGGCGGCGGUGCGGGACGUGGCGCGCAAGCUGGUGCGCCGCGUUGCCAACGAGGUCGGCGUGGGCGCGGAGGCGCUGGAGGGCCAUGUGCGCUGGUACCACUCCUUCCUCUCGCCGGCGGCGCCUCGCCUCGCCGAGAGCGACCCGCGGCGCGGUCGGCGGGAGUGGUCGCGCGAGUACGCCCGGCCGUCGCCAGGGCAGCUCCACCACGCGAUGGAGGACUCUGGCGUCCAGCUGCAGCUCCACCACGCGAUGGAGGACUUUGGCGUCCCCCCGGCGGCGACGCUGCUGGUGAGCUACGACGACCGCGACGAGGCGGCGGCGGACGCGGCUGGCGUCUCCUCCAUCCGCAUCGAGCAGCUCUGCAUGAGCCCCGCGCCCCUCAGCCAGCUGCGGAGGCCGGGCGCGAGCGGAGGAGGGAUGGCCGCGCCGGACGCCUUCGUGCCGCGGUGA